UUUUGGGAUCUGGAAGCACUGCUUGGGCCUUGAUUCAAAACAAUUGACUAUUAACAUUAAGUUCGUGUUUAAUAAUUAAAUUCUACAAGAGCAGCCAAACAAUUUCAAAUUUUUUAAACGUUAAGUGAAAUUCCUUUAUUUGUGAUCGAUUUCAGUUGACCAAAAACAAUUUAUUACAUCAUUAAGUAUAAUCGAAGAAUACUGAAUGAUGUUAAAAAGCACAAUAUUAACUAUCAUCGUGUGCAGUUUACCUGCAGCAGUUUUAUGCGUAAGAUGUUAUCAGUGUGCUUCUUCCCAAAACCUUAAGGAAGAUACUUGUGGGGCUUAUAAAAAGUUUGAUACUGAUAGCCACAUAGCUGUGGAAUGCAACAGUGAUGAAUCUCACAUGCCUGGCUCGUUUUGUAUGAAACGAACUCACCAAGGCCCGAAAGGGUUCAUUUGGGAUGGUAGAUGGAGACAGGUGAUACGCCGGUGUGCUUCAGUUGCUGAGACCGGAGUAACUGGUGUAUGUAACUGGGGUGUAUAUGAUAAUGGAGUUUAUUGGGAAGACUGCUAUUGCUCAUCUGAUGAAUGUAAUGGAACAAGUGGUAUUACGUCAUCUUUGUUACCUGUGAUUUCAUUAAUAAUUUGCAUAUUGAUCUACUUUUCUUGAUCAAUAAAUUUAGUUUUAAUAACAUAAAUGAGUGCUAUUAAAGCAGUUAGUUUUGGAAGAUGUUUACUUGAUUAUAGGUGUUUUUUUUUAUUAAUGAGAAUCUCAAAUAAUUGAGAACCUUUUUAUUUAAGUUAGACUAAAUAUUUACAUUACCACUACUUAUUUCGUCCAAUAAUUAUAAGAGUAAUUAUUAUGUAUAUGUACAUAAUUAAUAAGACCAUUAUGUUUUUUUCUAAUAUUUCUAGGAAUGUUUAAGAGUUUGGUACAAAUUCCGUCCGAUUACUGCCUUUGUAUAUUACAAUGUAAUAUUUAGUUUUAGUUGCACCCAAGUUGUGCAGACUGAUUAUUGUGCCUGUUGUUGAAUAGCAAUCCAAUAGCUGACAAUCUUUCAACCUACAAUGUUUUGCUUAUAAUCAAACUGUAGACCUCUACUAUGUGGACUGUUUGUUACCAACUAGGCCAUGAAGGUAACAGACACAUUAGCAAAUAAUAAUAAACACUUUCAUUAUUAUUAUACACAAUAUGGAACACAUAUAUAUAUAUAUAUAAGUUAUUACACUUGCAUUGUUAACAAUAACUGUUUUAAAUCAACAACCGUUUUUGUAAUUUUUAUAAAGUGAUUAUAUAAUAAAUG